AUGCGCCCUUCGUGGUAUCACGGACCUCUCCCUCAGAUGAAGCCAUUGCCUAUCCAUGUUCGAGCUAUGAUCCACUCCCGGCGCAUGAGUCGAGAAAAACGAAUAAUCGAGUUCUUAGAGCUCAACCAACGUAGAGAAGAGCUGGUAAGAGAAGCUCAGUUCGAAGAAGCUCUUGCGCGCAUCGCUGAGGAAGAUGGAGCGACUUUAGACACGGUAUUUCAUCGUCAUCAGCACGAAUGGGGUAAGGUCUUCACAAGCCUCAUAUACAACACUCCUUACAUCCUGUUCUCGACUUACCUUCCAGACAAGCCUCUUGUAACACGCAUAUCAGAAAUUCACGAGACAUUUAAGCGCGACGAUGCCCGACUCUCGACGCCUUAUAGCCCAGAGAUGCUCAGAAUUAUCAAACAGGCGCGACGAGAGAAGAUAGCGAACAAGACUCGUGAACUGGAGCGCGAGCGUCGUGGCGUUAUGACGCCUAGGAAGUUGCGCAGGCAGCGACAGGGCCCGCCCUCCCAUGUUCUGGCAAAUUUGACUGACCGGCAGAAGCAUAUGGACAAAGUGGCGAGAAGUGUAAGCGAGAUAGGCUAUGUUGCGCAGGUGAAGAAAGCGCUAGGCUUCAAGCUGCGAAAUGCAGAGGCGUGGGACGUCGAGGAUGGACCACCGGGGGACCGGCCGCGUUUGGAUCGAAUGCUACAAGAGAUUGAUGCAGAAAAUUUGCGACGCAGGGCGAAGUGGGAGGAGAAUGCUGCAAAGCAGAUCUGUGAGGUGCGCUUCUACGAGACACCUCCUGGCUCCCACCUCAUCUUUAAAUCCUAA